AUGUUGUUCUCCCUGCGGGAGUUGGUGCAGUGGUUGGGCUUUGCCACCUUCGAGAUCUUCCUGCACGGCCUGGCCCUGCUGGUCUUCUCGGUGCUGUUGGUUCUGAAGGUGGACGGCGAGGCCUCGGCGCUCUCCUGGUGGGUUGUUUUCGUGCCCUUCUUCGCCGCCGACGGGCUCAGCACCUAUUUCACCACCAUCGUCUCGGUGCGGCUCUUCCAGGACGGUGAGAAGCGGCUAGCAGUGCUGCGGCUUUUUUGGAUCCUCACCAUCCUCAGCCUCAAGUUCGUCUUUGAGAUGUUGCUGUGCCAGAAGCUGGUGGAGCACACCCGGGAGCUCUGGUAUGGGCUCAUCAUGUCGCCUGUCUUCAUCCUUCUCCAGCUGCUAAUGAUCCGAGCCUGCCGGGUAAACUGAUGGUGAAGGAGCAGGUGCAGAUCGCUGCCUUCGCUCUGGCCAGGGAUGUGCCUGGCUCACUGGGGAGCCCUGGACUCGUAGCCACGGCCAUCAGGCUUUUCCCCUCCUGUACUUCUGACAGUGGUAGUGCCAGGGUACAGAGGGCUGGAGCUGCUGGGAUUAACCUCACUGCUGCAUUGUAGAGCAUCGUGGUCCUGCCAGAGGUCCUCUUGUGCUGUGUCCUUCUUUCAGUUCACUCAGCUCUUGGUGUUAAAGUGUCCUGCUGUGCAAGCACUCUUUGGUAUACCAGUUAUUGCAUUGUAAAAUAAAACUGCA